GGAUCCAAGCAACCCAAACAACACAAACAACCCGCCACAAACCCCGUGGACGCCACCCAUUGAUCCGAUGUGGGCGACUCCACAAUUUUCUUUUACAAGCUACAAUCAAGUUCCUAAUGCGUUCAACCAACUCCCUCAAACCCCGACUCCUAACGCGUUCACGCAACUCUCUCAAACCCCGAAUCCUAACGCGUUCACGCAACUUCCUCAAACCCCGCAACCUACUAGUUUAUUUCAACUUCAUCAAAUCCAAUUUCAACAACAAUAUCAGCAACAACUAAAAACGCUCCAACAAAGCCAAAGUCGGCCUAUUCAUACGAAAGUCCAAUCGCAACCGACACCCGAUACCCCUUCGUUAGACGAUUUGGAUGACAUUGCCGUUGUACCCGAAACCCAACCUCAAAGUUCUAAGAAAACAUCUACAAAAAAGCGUUCAACGAGGCCGGAACAAGAAAAUUUAACCACCGGAAGAGGUCAAACUUGGACAUCGAUCGAAGAGUUGGCGUUGGCAAGGGCGUGGACCAAUACGUCUACGUGUCCGAUCGUAGGUAAUAAUCAAAAGUCUGGCAGUUUUUGGAAGGAGGUUUGCAACAAAUUUCAUGCUUUGAUGCAAAAAGAACCGUACCGAGAAGUGAACUCAAUGAGCUCAAAGUAUCGAGAGAUGAAUAAGAAGAUAUCGGCGUUUUGUGGUUAUUACAACAACGCUCAUUCGAAUCGGCCAAGUGGGGCGAGUGAUGAAACGGUUUUUGCCAUAGCUAUGUCAAAAUACCAUACGAAAGAAGGUAGUGCGUUCACAUAUGUAGGGGCUUGGGAAAUCUUUAAAAAUUGUCCCAAGUGGGCGCCGGUUCCUAACGAGGUGGCAAGAGCAAAGAGGUGUAAGACAUUCGAGUCGAUAGAGCAUAGUGCCGGUGAUUCGGAUGUGCGUUACCAUAUUAAUAUUAAUGACGAACCCGAGUUUGACGAUGAAGUGACGGAGAUUCCGGAAUUGAAGCGCCCAAAUGGCAGAGACAAAGCAAAAAAGGAAGCAGCGGCCAAAAAUAAAGAGACGUCGACAAAAAAUGAAACUCCGGGUGAAACGAAUGUGGAUAAGUUGAUGAGCAAGUUCACCGAAUUUAACGAAAUACAAGCGGCGAGACUUAAGUUGAAAGAAAAAGAAAUGCAAGAAGCGGCCGAUCGUGAAGACUUUAAGCUAAUGGCAACAAACAUCGACUCGCUCCCGGAAAAAGAUAAAGAAGUGUUGCAAAAAAUGAAGGCGAAAAUUGCUCAAAAAUGGAGUCUUUAAAUUAUGUCGUUAUCAUUUUUUAUAUUUUCUAGUUUUCAUCUUUAAUUUACGUCGCAAACAUUUUUGGCAAUUUGGUCGGGUUA